AUGAUAGAGUGCGAGGACAGCAUAACACGUCUCCUCAAUAAAGCUGGACCCCCACCCCCUCCCACCCCAACCCCCUUUUUGGCCAGGGAGGACGGAAGCAAGAGGGAUUGGAAUAUAUCAAAGUGUGUUUGCGAUGAGAGUAAUAGUGUUGUCGUGAAUACGAGUUCGGGUGGAGUGAGGGGACAGACACUGAAUGUUGUGAAUCACAAAAUCAAUCAAUUCUUGAAUAUACCUUAUGCUGAGCCCCCGGUCGGCCCACUCAGGUUCAGUCCACCACAACCACUCCAGACACCUAAACAAAUAAUAUAG